GCACAGGUAGACAAGAAACGCUCGUCUUUUGUUGACAGUUGAAGGAGACCCAGCGCAGUUAGUAGAACAUCCACCAAUGGGAGACAUCGGCAGUUGAAGAACCAGUCCUGACAUGACUUUUUUCUGUGAGCCACCGCGGCAUGACUCUGCCACCAAGGCAAAGGGAUAACAAGUUUUAACAUGCCAACAUGUGGAUAUUCCUCGUUUGGAGAGUGUUAUGGACAGCGCAACAUAGAGACGCAAACUCAGACAAGACGAAUCUGCAACUGCACUUGGAGACGUAGCAUCUUCCUGCUUCUGCUGUGCACAGUGACUCUGUUCUAUUACUACACCAACAUCACACCCAACUGGAGGACAAUAUGGUGGAAGCAAUACAACGCGACAAAGCUGUGGAGUUUGUCGCACAGUCCAAAGAUUGUGUACCCCAAACCAGCCCUAGCCCUAAAGCCAUUAGCCAAAAAUGUAUCCACUGUAACUGAGCCAGCAAUAUUUAAAAACGCCGGGGAAAAACUUGAAACAUCUUCAGCGGUGACUCUGUCGUUGACUCGGCCGCCGACUCAGAUGGUCAAUCGGCCUGUUCAGACUCCUGAACCAAAGCCUGCUCCUUACGUUUCCCCGGGGCCGUAUGUUGUGGAAUAUCCCUAUGAAUACCACUACGUCAUUAAUGAAGCCAAAGCCUGUGAAGAGAAGAAGCCUUUUCUGCUCCUCAUGGUGCCCGUGGCACCGAGCAACAGAGCACAUCGGGACAUCAUCCGCCAAACCUGGGGAAAGGAAACUGAGGUGAUGGGAAAAGUGGUAAAGCUUUUCUUUGUCCUGGGGCUGCAGAGCGGCCAGCCAAGGCCGGAACUUCAGGAGCAGAUUCUGAAAGAGAGCCAGCAAUAUCAUGACCUGAUCCAGAGCAACUUCCUGGACUGCUACAAGAACCUGACCAUCAAGACCAUGGUGAUGCUAAAGUGGAUGGACUCCUACUGCUCUACAGCUUCUUAUGCUAUGAAGAUUGAUUCCGACGUGUUUUUAAAUGUACAAAACCUCAUCAAGAUGUUGUCAAACGCUCCGAAGAAAAACUACUUAAGCGGGCUGGUGGCAAGAGGAGCCCAAGUUUUAAGGAAUCCGAAGUCCAAGUGGUACUUGCCAGUGUCUCUUUUCCCCAACCCAGUGUAUCCGCGCUAUGCUCUGGGAUUCGCCUAUGUGCUGUCCGUAGACUUAGCCAAAAAGCUUUUGGAGGCAUCCUACCACGUCAAAGCGCUUUACAUUGAAGACGUGUAUUUGGGUUUAUGCAUGCAGUACUUAAAGAUCCCGCCCACUGACCCUCCAAACUGGGGAUACUUUCACGUCUUCCCUGUCAGGUACAGUCGCUGCGCUUAUUCCAAGAUUGUAGCCACCACGCUAUACACGACAACGAACCGGGUAUGGUUGUGGAACAACUUUAAACAGCCAGGGCCACUAUGCUGAGGUGGGAGUACUUUUUUAAGAUCGCAGAUUAUGAGUUGAACAUGAAGGAUUCAUCGGAUCUGAAUCAUAGUAGGCAUUAUAAACUGCUGGUCAGCGAACAACUGGACACAAAUGUCCGACACAACAGGACAUAAGCAAACGCUGGUCACAGCUGUGGCUCAAAAGCAAAGGUAACAGGUUGGUUGGCAGUCCUGUUAAUGCAGUGGUCAAAGCAUGUCGAAGAGUUCACCAACAGUAACAUCACAGGCAUCACUUUCAGGACUCAGGGAUCACCCCAGAAACCUAAUAGCAUUUUUAAGUACCCCAGGGAGACGCUGCACUUCACCGAUGAAGGACUCCCCCCAACCCUCACCUACGCCCGGUCACCGACAGACAGGGUGUAGGUGACAUUAUGAUGGUGCCCUCAUCAUUCAAUCUCAUGUUCUUAGAUGAUAAUUAUCAGGUCACUUCAUUCUAGCAUGGAAUUUAAAUAGCGUUUAACAACCUCAUUGUUUCAAUCAGGCAAUGCAUGAUUCUGCAAUCUGAGGUGCACCAGUUACCAUCACGCAAACAUUUGCCCAGAACAAACAUGAUUAUUGAGCUGGCUUUUCUGUUUCAGCUCCGGAGUAACUCCACCCCGUUUUAAGUCAGUAUUGUGUAUGGUACUGAAUACUUCUGGAUUAAUAAAAGGAAAUGGGAGCAUGAGCACAGACAACAUUGUUAAGCAGUGGUUUCACUGGCACGUCAUUGUGUUUAUUUGCACUGAUUCUGUAUCACCUCUCGUCUUGGAUGAUGUGAAGUAUUGGAAAUGUCGAGGGCAGAUUAAGAAUUGUCAAUGAACCGUCUGAUUCAAUAAUGAUUAUGUUAUGAAAAAUGCUAACUUAUUAGGUUUUAAAUAGGAAGAGGGUUUGAACAGCAAAUACAUUUUGUUGACUGAGUCAUUUGAAUAAAUGCAAACCCUGGGGUCAUGUUUUAGUUGGUGACAAAUUCUCACUUUGCCAAGUGAAAUUCCUCUCAGUGAGAGCAAGCUACUGGAGCCAGUGGAGGGAGUGGCCAGUCAACAGCUCAUGUUACCUUUGACAACUGGGAUGGUU